AUGGCCGAAUCAUUCGAACAAAUUUUCAAAUGCAUCAAGGGCAACUACAGCAACUACACGAAAGACACAGUUUGCAAGGCCAGCGAAUUCUUAGGGAUAGCAGAAAAUCAACCACCUGACAUUCAUCGGAUUAAUGAAGCAAUGGCAAAUCUACAUGCUUUAUUAGACCACGAGGGUCGCGAACUUCCGGGGCAAGAGGAUGUUGUUCGCUUUAUUCGCGUCAUUGCCAUUGUAAUGGGAAAUCAGGUUGACAUACCACAUCCACCAGAACCACUAAGACGAGACGAACGCGGACAUGAGUGGUUUGGCCGUGAUGACUGUAAAAUAAAUGAUGAAAGAUUGACACAAUUUGUUGGACGUGAAAGGACCGUUGACCUCAAGCAAAUUCACAAUAGCUUGAGACGAACGGGACCAAAAACUACAAAAGAAUUUUUCGCAAACUUUAUGACCAUGCUUCUUGUGCAGGUGGGACAUUCUUUAGUCUACUAG